UAUUCAGUAAACUCUCGUACGUUGACGUUGCAGGUUCUCCUUCGCGCGCGCGACUAAAAGAUGGCCCGUACCAAGCAGACAGCUCGUAAAUCGACCGGUGGUAAGGCACCGCGUAAACAACUCGCCACCAAGGCGGCUCGUAAGAGCGCACCGGCAACCGGUGGUGUCAAGAAGCCCCAUCGCUACAGGCCCGGCACCGUCGCCCUCCGUGAGAUCCGUCGUUACCAGAAGAGUACCGAAUUGCUGAUCCGCAAGCUGCCGUUCCAGCGUUUGGUGCGCGAGAUCGCUCAAGAUUUCAAGACUGAUCUCCGUUUCCAGAGCUCCGCUGUGAUGGCCCUCCAGGAGGCGAGCGAGGCAUACCUCGUCGGUCUCUUCGAAGACACCAACCUUUGCGCUAUCCACGCGAAGCGCGUCACCAUCAUGCCAAAGGACAUUCAGCUCGCUCGCAGAAUCCGCGGGGAACGCGCCUAAAAUACACGCGCACGCACACACAGCGCCAAAGACCGACGACGCGCGCACUUCUCACCGUGCGCGUGUCUUGUUUGUCUUUACGCUUCAAAAGGCCCUUUUCAGGGCCACAAGAGUUUCUGUUAUGAUAAUAUAGUUUCAACGUAUUUUAACAUCGCAUACAAACAAAUAUUAUAAUAUUAGAGAAU